AUGUUUGACAAGGAUAAGUUCAAAGAUGAUGGAUCACCGGACAGUUACACUACCGCAAGUAAGGUACGAGCUGCCAGAUUUCAAUCCUUGGAUGAAUAUGUGUCGGUCAGCCAAGAAAGUUUGAUAGAAAUUGGAUGUGCGGUGCAGUGCGGUGCAGUGCAGUAUCGUUUCCAGGGCCAUGUCUCGCCUAGAGGGAAAAGAAAUAAUAUGAUUGGAUGA